AUGAAAUUCGCAAAGGAGCUCGAGAGAGAUCUCGUCCCAGAAUGGCGGGUCAAGUACCUGGACUACAAGUCUGGCAAGAAGCACAUCAAGGCCAUCUCAAGGGCUAUCAGCCGUGCUGAUAGCACACCGUCCUCGGUCUUGACCAGGAGGACUGACCACCCACGACCUGGCACAUCACCCUUCGGCACGCCAUCACCACCGAGCCGCAACAAUGGCGGUCUGAGAGGAGAGUCUGUGGCCGAGGAUGGUGAUCCACUGCGGACCAGCCCGGCCCCUAUGGGUCAGUCUCCUUCACGGUUCGGCGCUGUGCCGCAGCGCGGGGAGCGCCAGAGGUUGACGGAGGGGGCCGACGCGGACGUGCAUUAUGGGAGCAUCGUCCCUACGCCUGCCGAGCCUCAGGAUGACCCGUUUCUCGCCCACAGGGCAAGCCUGCUGGAGCUCCCCGGCCCGGCCAUGAGGGUGCCUUCCAACAACACAAUGAUUAAUCAGGGGGCAAGACCGUCCAACAAUCGCAUCAGCUCCGCCGCCUCGCUGGGCCGCCACCCCCUGCAGCGGACUGUCUCCAUGGCGGAUUCGCAUCGGGAGAGUCACGAUGGGCGCCACCAGGGACCUGACAGCCUCGCCCUCCCUCCUGGAGCGACGUUCCCGAGCCUGGCACCAAGCGAUAUACACAGCCCCCGCGCCCGACUCCGCAGAAUGUUCACCCUGACGGGUGCUUCAGCCGAACGGCGAAAGUCGAGGGGUGAGUUCGACUUGCGUGCACUGGACGAGGUCAGGGAGAAGGAGCGCGAGUUUGCCGAGUUUCUCGACAGUGAGCUCGACAAGGUGGAGGCUUUCUACCGGCAGAAGGAGGACAGCGCCGGCAAGAGGCUGACUCUGCUUCGCGAGCAGCUGCAUGAGAUGCGUAACAGGCGGACGUCAGAGAUCGCAGAGGCUAAGCGCCGGAAGCGCAAUGGCGAGACCAACGGGCAACACGCAAAGGAGGACGACCAGACCAACGGGGCGCAUAUCCCUCUGCUCAACCCCCUGAGAGCGAAGCUAUUCAGGCCCGGUCCGAACUCUGAGGCCAUGCAACACAUGGGGACGCCUGUACACGUCAAACAGGGCAACGAUGGCGGACGCGACUAUUCUCGCCGGCCGCCCGAGGAUGAGGUGCCCUACCGCACGGCCAAGAGAAAGCUCAAGCUGGCCCUGCAGGAAUUCUAUCGCGGGCUCGAGUUGCUCAAGUCCUAUGCAUUUCUAAACCGGACUGCAUUCAGGAAAUUGAACAAGAAAUACGACAAGACGGUCCACGCGCGGCCGCCGUACCGUUACAUGACGGAGAAGGUCAAUAAGAGCUGGUUCGUCAACUCGGACGUCCUGGACGGGCAUCUACAGGCCGUCGAGGACCUGUACGCCCGAUACUUUGAGCGUGGUAACCACAAGAUUGCAGCUGGUAAACUGCGGAGCCUCAGCAAGAAAAAGAGAGAUGAAUCCGGCAGCGCCUUUCAGAACGGCAUCUUCAUCGGCAUUGGCGCCGUUUUUGCCAUACAGGGACUUGUAUAUGGUGCAGAGCUCCUGUUCGACAAAGACCCGGAGGUGAGGACGCAGACGAGCUACCUGUUGCAGAUCUACGGGGGAUACUUCCUCAUGUUGUAUCUGUUUAGCUUGUUCUGUCUUGACUGCAAGCUGUGGACCGCUAACAGGGUGAAUUACCCCUUCAUCUUUGAGUUUGACGCACGGAGCCAGCUGGACUGGAGACAGCUGGCCGAGUUCCCGAGCUUCUUCUUGUUCCUCCUGGGACUGUUCAUGUGGCUCAAUUUCACGAGAUAUGGGUCACCAGAUAUGUAUCUCUACUAUCCGGUGUUUGGGAUUGACUCCUCUCUGCUAACUGGUAUGCGUUAUGAUGCUGAUAUUUCGCAGUGGCGUCUAUUCUUCGCAGGCUUGUAUCCCGUCGAGUUUCGCGACUUCUUCCUGGGAGAUAUGUACUGCUCGUUAACAUACGCCAUGUGUAAUAUCGAGCUCUUUUUUUGCCUGUACGCGAAUGAAUGGGACAACCCUCAGCAGUGCAACUCAAAUCACUCACGUCUGCUGGGCUUCUUUGUCUGCCUUCCACCUAUUUGGCGAUUCUUGCAAUGUAUCCGGCGUUACAAAGACACACGCAACAUAUUUCCCCAUCUUGUCAAUUGCGGAAAGUACACGGCAAGCAUUCUCGCAGGCGUCUUUCUGAGUGUCUACCGCAUUCAAAACUCGCACAAAAACUUGGCCCUCUUCGUCGUCUUCGCGACCAUCAAUGGGUUUUACACAGCAUUUUGGGACAUCUUCAUGGAUUUCUCCCUCCUCCAGCCCCACACCCAACACCGUUUCCUCCGUGACAUCACCGCUCUCAAGUUUCGCUGGCCGUACUAUCUCAUUAUGAUACUCGACCCGAUCCUCCGCUUCAACUGGGUCUUUUAUGUCAUUUUCACCCACGAUACCCAACACUCGUCCACCGCCUCCUUCUUGAUUGGCUUCUCCGAAGUCACCCGCCGCGGCAUGUGGACCCUAUUGAGAGUGGAGAACGAGCACUGCGCCAAUGUCAAGCAGUACAGGGCCUCCCGCGAUGUACCGCUGCCAUAUGACCUGGAUGUCCCCGCCGAUUAUCUGACGAGCGGCAGAGACAGCUUGGACUCGGGUGGAAAGCAGGCCCAGCGGCCUGAGAUUGCAGACGAGCUCGUGCGCAGCCCGUCUGCGGCAAGAGUCAGCUGGAGCGGCGCGGUGGCGCGCACACCAAGCCGCCGCGCAACGGAUAUCGAGCCUCCACAGACACCUGGCGGGCCUUCGGAUACAGCGGAAGAAGGUCGCACGCCAGGCGGCGACUCGCCCAACAUCAGGCGGCGGAGGCGCGCAGAAACGGUCGGGAACAAGAGUAUCCGAGGGAUACUUGCGGACGCCCACAGGCAAGACUUUGAGAAGAAGAGGCGGCCCGACUCCAAAAGUGGGGCGGUCCAGCUAGAUGGGCCCCGUGAGGACGACGAAGAGGACGACGACGAGUCUGACGACGAUGCAGUACCUAGUGGGGGGGCCUCGGACGAGGAGACUGGGUCGCUGCUCGAUGAGAGGACGGAGAUCAGGGAGGCAGAGAUGUUGGCACGGCAAGGAAAAGAUGGUGAUAUGGACUGA